AUGUCUUCAAGAGCUGGUCUUGCCAGCCGUCAAGCUGCUGGUUCUCAAAUCAGACAAGCACCUCCACUCAACCCUCCACGCUCGUAUCUCAGAGUCCCCCUCGAUACACCCAUCACUCCACUCGUGUCCUGCCAUGGAAACAGCCAUAUCAACUUUCCAAAAACCAUCAAAGAUUACUACCAGCUCGAUUCGAUGACACUCGACAGUCUGAUGGUGUUUUUCAGUCAAAUCCGUCCCGAAACCGCAGAUACUAGACGGUAUCCCACGAUUGUCGCUCCAUGGCUCACGUGGGAUUACGAGCGGGAAGGGUGGCAGACAGACGUUAUCGAUAUCGAAAGCAAGCGCUGCAGGUUCGGCGAGUUCAUCGGUUUAACCGAUGAGCUUGUGGAUCCCAAACUCCUCAACCUGCGAAGAUUGCAUGCGGAGCGUGACAAGCCCGUGCAAACCCCCUCUGGUGAAACGCCCUCCGGUGCGGGUGCUGUGCAAAGGCCAAUGAUGAGACGGGAGAAACGAAAGGGGCUUUUCAGGCGGCUUCCUUUUGGUAAAUAG